UGCCCCUCUCAAACGUGCUUUCCCUACGUGCCUCUCCCAUAAUACACGUGCCUCUAUCGAUUACGCAUAUUUUUGUGGGUUAACUUGGCCUCCUCAACUUGCCUUCAUCAGCCAAACGCAAAAAUGUUGAGUAAAAGGCUAACCAGAUCCGUAUUGCAAGUUCGAGCUCGUUUAGCCCAUACUUCGGUGAUUGGGAUCGAUUUGGGCACCACCAACUCCGCAGUUGCCAUCAUGGAAGGCGACCAGCCCAAGAUCCUCGAGAACGAAGAGGGUGGCAGAACCACGCCCUCCGUGGUUGCCUUCACCAGAGAAACUUCCGUACCACUUGUGGGUUCCCCCGCCAAGCGCCAGGCUUUGGUGAACCCCGAAAACACAUUCUUUGCCACUAAACGGCUAAUAGGGCGCCGCUUUACAGACAAAGAGGUUGCGCGUGACAUCCAGAAUGUUCCGUACCAGAUUGUGGCAAAUCCGGAAAAUGGAGACGCGUGGUUGCGUGCAAGCACUGGCGAAACAUACUCCCCGGCCCAAAUUGGGGGCUUCAUCCUCAGCCGGAUGCGUUCGAUCGCUGAAACCCAGCUCCAUACGAAGCUCAGACAUGCGGUAGUGACUGUGCCGGCGUACUUUAACGACUCACAACGCCAGGCAACCAAAACUGCGGGGCAGAUCGUGGGACUCAACGUGUUGCGCGUGGUCAACGAGCCGACUGCCGCGGCGCUUGCGUACGGGUUGGAUAAAAAGGAAGAUGGGAUCGUCGCGGUGUUCGACUUGGGUGGCGGCACCUUCGACAUCUCCAUACUCGACAUCGAAGGCGGUGUGUUUGAAGUGUGUUCGACUAACGGGGAUACCCACUUGGGCGGAGAGGAUUUUGACAUUUUGCUCUUGAAGCACAUUAUGGCGGAUUUCAAGGUGAGAACUGGUAUAGAAGUGUCUGGAGAUAAGUUGGCGGUGCAGCGCAUCAGGGAGGCAGCUGAGAAGGCCAAGAUCGAAUUGUCACACGUGAAGGAAACAACAAUCGAUCUUCCGUUCAUCACCGAGAAUCAACACAUCUCCAUGCGCCUCACAGAGGAUGAGUUGGAUACCAUGUCGAUGCACUUGAUCAACAAGACCAUUGAUCCGGUGAAGCGGGCGCUCCGUGAUGCCUGCUUAAAGAAGGAGGAUAUCGACGAAGUGAUUUUGGUCGGAGGAAUGACCCGAAUGCCCAAGAUCCGCAACGUCGUCACGGAUUUGUUCGGCAAGGCUCCUUCCACGGCCGUGAACCCCGACGAGGCAGUGGCCCUUGGUGCUGCCAUACAGGGAGCUGUAUUGUCCGGCCAGGUGAAGGAUGUGUUGUUGCUAGAUGUCACACCCUUGUCCUUGGGGAUCGAAACCUACGGGGGGAUCUUUUCUCUGUUGAUUCCGCGUAACACCACCGUGCCUGCGAAAACCAAGCAGAUCUUCUCGACCGCUGUAGAUGGCCAGAACGGCGUGGAGUUGCGGGUGUACCAGGGCGAACGCUCGUUGGUGAAAGACAACAAACUCAUUGGGCAGUUCAAGUUGAGCAACAUCCCCGCCAUGCCCAAGGGUGUUCCCCAGAUUGAAGUAAGUUUCGCCAUCGAUGCCGAUGGGAUUAUUAAUGUCAGCGCCCGUGACAAGACAUCCGGUAAGGAUGCGAGUAUCACAGUGGCUGCCACCAGCGGCUUGACCGAGGAGGAGGUCCAGAAGAUGGUAGAAGACGGUGAAAAGUACAAGGAGCAGGAUCUGAUCAAAAAGAAGAGCUUAGAAAACGCCACGCGUGCUGACUUGAUCUGCACCGACGCGUCCUCCGCGUUGGCCCGGUUCCGCGAGUUUGUUUCAGACACCAAGGCCCUGGAGUUGACGGCAAUGGUGGAAGAAGUGAAUAUGCUAGUCGCGGCCGUGCGCGGCGGAAAGGCCAUAGAUGGCGGUGUUAUCAGGGCCAAAGCGGAUGCUGUUCAGCAAUAUAGCGUGGGUAUCUUCCAGGAAGUUGCUAAGGCACAGAAGGCGAAGAAGUAAUGCGAGGCAAUUCCCGGUUGAGCGAAAAGAUGAAAUAUUUGGCCCUUGUUGUUUAUGUAACUUGUAUAUAGCUAACUUACACUAUGUUAGGUUACUCUUGCUUGUAUGACGUCGAUCGAU